GAGUGUGGAGUCAUUCGGUACGUUUGCUCCUCUCGUGACUCGUCUUGUGCGUUGAUUCUCGAUCCGAGAGUUCUCCUCGUGACGUCGAACGAUCUUGUCGUUCAGUUUCUUCGUGUUCUUCAACCCCGUUUAUCGUCACGUCGUUUCGUGCUUGAUUAAAAAAAAACGUUUUCUUCGUUUCAAAUACCGCGCGUGCGGCGGUAGUGCGCAUACCGUGCGACCGUUAGGUCGCUGACUCUUGAAAACAGUCCCAAUUGCGCGUUUUCGACCUAUCGAAGUUGCUGUGCAGUAGAGCGCGCAUCGACCGUGAUCCUCGAUCGUAGUUUCGCGUCGGUUUUUCUUUGUGCCGUAUUAUUGAAAAAACUACUGUUCCGAAUAGUGAAUUGGUGAAUUUCGUGCGAUCGUGACAUUCUUUGUUCGAAUCAGUGAACAUUUCACGGAGAACUAUGUCGUCAAUCAGCAAUUGUUUGUUCACCGCGGCUGUCCUGAUUGCCUUUGCAAUCGAAAUCAUCGCCACUCAAACUAUGGACGCCAGGAUUCGCGAUGACUCCGACUUGUCCCAGUUCUACCAGUUGUUGGAAGCAAGUCAGGUGGCAAAUACCACGCUCACGUAUCGUCACGUGACGGUUUUCGCACCUACAAAUCGAGCCUUCCAAAAGUACAACGGAACUACGAAAAACUUGGUUCUCUACCACAUGUCGAAUUUCCCAAAGACGAUCGAGAAUCUAGGAGACUCAAUCUCGUCGGAGUUAGAGGGUAAUCCACCCUUGUGGGUCACCAGGAGACCAGGCACUCACGGUCAAGAAGUCUACAUAAAUAACGCUAAAAUCCUCAUAGAUCGGAGCAAUUUUCAAUCUAAGGUUAGCGUUGGCGGCGACGUAAAGACUCAGGUUUUGCACAUAAUAAACGAAGUGUUGGAACCAGUACGUUCGAAUUCAAUGGAACUGCCGAUCUAUAGUCCAAACGCCUUCGAAUUUCUCAAUCAAAGUGAAAAUCUUGACUUGGGUGUUCAUCGUCUUCGCAUCUUUCGGCAGAGGAUCUUGACGGAGAAGAAGGAGGAUGUCUUCAAGGCGGACGGACGUUACACCUUUCUUAUCCCCGUUGAGGAGGGUUUCCGGCCAUCACCUAGGCCGGAAAAGGUUGACCGUGUGGUAAUCGAUGGCCACGUAAUACCUAACCACGUCCUCUUCACGACACCUACGCCUCACAAUGUACCUUAUCAGACACUUGCGUUCUCUGAUAACGUUAAAGUCACCGUUAGUUUCCUCAAGGAGCAUGAUAAAGUAUACGUACAAUCGAACACUUUGGUCGGUGACGCGGGACAUCCAACUGGAGUUGUGCUGGCAGAAAUAAUUAAACCGAACAUCCCUGUGCGCAACGGUGUGAUCCACUUGAUCCAACGACCUCUUAUGGUCGUCGACACCACGGUGAAGGACUUUCUCGAGUCCUUCAAGGGCAUCGAAAAAAGGGAUGGACCUGUGUACAAAUUUUACGAGAUAAUCCGAGAUUUCGGAGGAGACAUCAUGAGCACUAUAAGCCAUCUGCGUGAUGUCACGCUGUUUGCGCCCAGCAACGCGGCCUUCGAGGAACCUGGCGUCCAGAAGAUAUUGCAGGACAAGGAACGUGUCAAGGAGAUGCUGAAUCUACAUUACGUCAAGGAUCGAUUGCCAAUCGAAAAGAUCAAGAACAAGAGCGUCAACCAGAUCCCCACGGCAGCAGACAAGAAGAAACUGUAUUUCAACGUAGCUCAAGAGCCAAACGGAAAUCAGAUAAUGACUGUCGAAGGAGGUGGCGUGAACGCGACAAUAAUUACCGCAAAUAUCGCUGCUACCAAUGGAUUGAUUCACAUCAUCGACAGAGUUCUUGGAGUUCCAUACACUACUGUGCUGGAGAAACUUAAAACCGAUCCUAUGCUCAAUUCUACUUACUUCCUUGGACAACGGCAGGGAUUCAACGACCAAUUGAACGACACGUCAACGCGUUUCACUUACUUUGCACCGCGUGAUUACGCCUGGCACGUAGCGGCUAUCAGUUAUCCAUCCACUUCGAAAAAGAUCUUUAUGCCUGAAUUCAGCUAUCACACAAAACAAAUCCUGGAACGACAUCUCGUGAUAGCGGACGAAGUAUACACGAUGGCCAAACUGAAGGAGAUGAAACACAACGACACUAUCGUCCUUCCAGCAGCCAGAGACAGCCUGAAGCUUCGAAUCAGGGAGCACAGCGAAAAUGACAAGUACGACGAAAACAUGAUCCGUCCAGAAACUUUGGUUUACCAGAUCGAGUGGGAGGGCAACUGGAUUCGGGUGUAUCGUCCGGACGUCGAGUGCACCAACGGCAUCAUCCACGUGAUCGACGCGGUGUUGUUGAAGGACAGUGACGUGAGGGUGACCGGAACAGCGUCCGCCACCUGCCUGGCAUCGCAUUUGAUCAUGAUCCUGGUGGCCAAGUGGCUGCUUUAAGGACGUACCUCUACGUUAAGGAGUCUGUCAUAGGUGCACCUAGGAAUUUAUUUUCGGGACCGUCUCCGAUCGUCCUCGUCCGAGAGAGCGUAGUGCGCGAGAUCCGGGUUCGAACUUUGAGAAAUAUCCGUUUGGGACGAGCUUUCGUCAGGGUCCAACCCUUUAAAAAAACCGAUCCUGACCGCUGCUUGUAUCGCCAAUUCCGGGGUCAGAGUGAUCUCCGUGAUCUCCGUUGUGACACUGCGUAAACUGUGUUCGAGGGUUUUUGCUUUUGCCUCCCUUUUAAUAGAGACACAGAGAGAGAGAGAGAGAGAGAGAGAGAGAGAGAGAGAGAGAGAGAGAGAGAGAGAGCGAAAGAGAGAAAUGACAAAGCAUCCCUUAAGAAAUAAAUGUGUUCCCUGAGAAGAAAUCGAGGCACGAUCGACGGAUCGGGGACGAUUCUGAAUGAGAAUUAAAUUAAAAAAGGUCGAGGCUCUUGGACAUGAUCGCUAUAAAAGAGAGGAUAUUGUGAUUUCUAUCCCGAUCAGGCAAGAGCCAACCGAUCUGUUAAGAAACGUGGGCGAAGCUUAAAAAGAGAAACGUACUAUUUAGCAAUUUCGAAUUAUUGUCGUCAGUAAAAUGGUUCGCUACGAGAACACGUGCAGGUGUUAUAUAUUACGUAACGAUAGAGAUUCUCUUGAUUUGAAAGUUUUAUCGUAUCGAUAGGAAUUAUCGGGUGUCUUAUGCGCGACCACGAGGAGUUCCUCGAGGAUCUUGCACGAGAGAAAAAGGAGGGGGAAAAAAAAAAGAAAGACAUUUAACGACCAUUUAACGAACGACGCGUUACAAGACAAGUAUUUCGCGAGUUGGAGAGACGCCAUUGAUCGUACCAAAUGAUUAAUUAACCGUACCAAUUCAAGUAAAUAAUUUAGAGAAACUUUUAACGAGCGAGAAGAGCGCGAGAAUAAAGAGAUUUCGGGGAACCUCUUCGAGUACAAGGGCAAGGGUUGGCGUUUUCUAGUGCACUAUGUUAUGCCGUAUUUCUCGUUACGCUGACAAAGAAUAGAAAUUCGUUUUUCAUUCGAGCUUACGAUUUCGUGUAAAUUAAUUACGAUUCAGUUAGCAAAAAGCUGGCGGCGUUCCUCUUUUCUGAACGACCUAGGAUUAAUCGAUCACACGAAAGUUUAUCACACGAGGAUCCAUAUCCUUUCGAUAUACCGAUAUUUUAGCAGAAACACACGUGUAAAGGAUAAAUAUAUUAACUAACCUACUAAUACGUCCCUUGUCGGUUCAGACCGGGCGCCAUUCAGGCCGUAAACAUUUUCGUACAACUAUACGUCUCGCCUAAUUAUGGUACUUCGAUUUCAUUGAUACGCUAUAGUUCUGUGUGUAUGUACGUGCGAGCGUUCAUUUCUGUUGGCCGAAGAAUCGCGCGGCGAGGCGCACGCGAACGCCAAUUAUGGAGAAUCAACCGGAAAACUGUGCGCGGUUCGAUAUCGAUGUACAUAAGUGUAGGUAAAAGCAAAACUCGUCCUUAAAUAUCCUCUCUAUUCGAACGAAAUUGAGAAACGACGAUUAACAAAGGCAACGUUGUUGAUCCUCGACGCGUGGUUUCGCGCCUUAGAUGUGAUUUCUAAAUACACUUGCUCUCUGUAUCAUAUCGUAAUACACUGUCUACUUACUGAUAAUACUGCCACGACGUCUCAUUGCAAGCUCAACGCGCUUGCAAACGAGUUUUUGUACAAUUAUCGUUGAAAGAAGCGAAAGCAUUACCCAGUAGAGAAGUGACUCGAUCACAUUCCGACAUUCUGCAGACUGUUUGAACGAAUUUUCACGGUUUGGGGAGAGAUAUCGAAGACGAAUUUAUUUUUCGUUACCAAAUGAAAUUUGAAUCGAAAUAAGGAAAAAAAAACUUUCUUGUUACUUAAUUAAUUUCAUUUCAAUUAUAAACAAAUAUAUCUUUUCAUUUAAAUUUAAAUUUAUAGCUUUAUGGAUAUUAAAAAGAAUUGUUGUACAAAUCCAAGAAGAGAAUUGAACAAAUUAGAGAAUUAUAAGAUGAAACAAAUAGUCUUUAGUUCGCGAGAAUUCUUUCGAGCAGACUGCGCAAAAUACUCAUUCAGAAACUUUUUUUUAACGACUGUACAGUGCUAUAUAUAUAUAAUAUAUCUAUACAUAUAUAUAUUAUAUAGAAUCAUCUGUGUCAAUGCACCAUGUCGCAAUAGUGCAUCUCUUUCGAGAUUACCUUCGGAUUCGUAUUUUGUUUCCUAUCUAAGCGUAAUUCAGUUUAACCUUUUGCAAUUUUAUAUUAAUCGAUAUCAAGCAAGAACGGAUUAACAACUCCUAUAGCUAACGUAAUGACAAUUUUAAUAUACAUAUAUAUAAGAAAAAUUUAAUUUUAAAGUUCCACAACUCCUUAAUAAGAUGGCAAAGGAUAAACUGCAACCACGUGUUCCAAACUUGAGAAACAAACCCUUGAGAGAUCACGAGUAAACGACACAACAACAACAACAACACAGUUUCAUUCCACGAUUAGUAUGAGCUUAGCUAUGUGUGCGUACAAGUAAUUAUAAUGAUCACGUGUGUCCGUCAAACGAAAAAUAGUAAUAUAAAUCUAUGAGAAAUGUUGAGAGAUCGGAUAGAGAAGAGGAGAAAAGCUGAGUAUUCGAAGGUGAACAAAUUAUAACGCCUCGAAAUUUCGUUUCCUCCCCCUAGAACAAAUCGUCGUGGUGAGAGGAUGAAAUGUGAAAGAGAAUCGUUCAGACUAAUCGAAACGCCGAAACUAAAAAACAGAAAAAAAAAAAAAAAAAAAAAAAAGAAAAAAAAAGACUAUGAACGAUCGGAGCGAAUCUCGAGUUUCCGGUUGUUUCACUCGUAUUAGUUAAAAGAGGGAAAGAAAAAUAGAAGACUUAUUAAAGAUUUUUCAUUCAGCUACCGUACUUUUUCUCCGCGAAAUGGAAUUAAAAGAAA